AUGGAUAAACCUGAGAUAAAUAAUAUGCUAUAUUUUAUAGUACCACAAGGACAAGAAACAACAGAAAACAAAAACUCAAAUAUACAAGGAUCAUCACGGACUCAAAGUGGAGUACAGAAUUCAAGAAAUAAGACUGACUUAUCGUAUGAAAAGUAUAUUCGCCCGUUAAAGGAGAAAGGAGUGGAACCUACAUAUUUUCCAUAUAUUAACAAACUUCCUGGUAAAGUGAAGAUAGUAGGAGAUAAAAGCCUUAGAAAACUCGUUAACAAACAUCAUCGAAGGUGGAAAGAAAAAUAUCCCUCUGAGAAAUAUCCUCUAGAUUCAAAUAUAUUUGAACGUAACUUGUUGAAUUUAAUCAAACCCGGACCAAUUCCAGGUUUUGACUCAGCAGAACAUGGGUUAGUCGAGGAUAGAAGAUCAAUUUCAAGCUCUUCAACACAACUUUCCUCACAUAACAAUAUUCGACCGACAUUGGGCUAUUCACAAGCUAGUCUUUCGGAGUUAUCAUCGCAUGGCUCUCAUCUAGACGAAGAUAAAACGCAUGAAAAGAAAAAAGUACUUGGCAAUUUUAUGAGAAACUUACAAGAAAAAACGAAAACACGAAAUGGAUUAUGA